AUGCCGAAUCGUGUCCCAACCGAAGAAUUACCUAUACUCGAAACGCUGAUUAAUGUUCGAAAUCGACUACAGAUCCUGAAAAGGGAUCGAGACAAGUACGUUAACCCAGCGGACGUGACCGCUCUUUACGAAGAGGAAAAACUCCUGAACGUGUCUCGAGAACAGUCUCUGUCACCUCCAACAGAAAACAAUCGUGUCAAUGACGUGCUUGACGACGUGUUUCAAUUACUUUCUCUUUUUUUUAUGGAUAUAGGCAAGAAGCGUGAAACUCCUGCUGUCUAUGUUCAACUUUCUACCAUAAAGCAAUGCUUGAGGACUCUGGACGAAUCGGGUGCUUACACCAUAGAUGAAUUAGUGCCAUAUCAAGAACGUUUGAAGGAGAUCGCUAGAAUAAUAGAAAUGGACGGGAAUAACGAUGUUGUUCCCGAAUCCCACCUUAAAUUAUUGACGCAAAAAUUGAGAUCAUGCGAAAAGUUGUUGAAUCAACUUUUCGAAUCCGGAUCAUACAUCAGUGCAGAACUUGCGCCAACACAAAAACGUCUCAUCGAGAUAAAGAGGGAAUUAGGCAACAUGGGGGCAAAAGCACAAUUUCAAAUUGACGAAAUUCGCACGCUUCAGGGUGAAUUACGCAAGAUCGAUGGAAUGCGUGUGGAUGGAAAAUUCCUUUCAUCGGAUGGAUCUAUUCCCUCGGGUCAAGCACAAGUAAUUGGGCUUUUGGAAGAAUGUUACGAAAAUUGCCAUGACUUAAUUGCAAGCAAAGGCGUUGUCUCUAAUGAAUUAAAACCUAUUUAUGCUCGAUUAGUUGAUUUGAAAUCAAGUCUUGAAAGACUAGUGAUCACUCAUCGUUGGACUUUACGUGAGACUGAUGUUUGGAUUUAUCAAAGGCAGUUAUCAGAGUUUGAUAGCAUCAGAACAGACGGGAAUUUCUGUGAUUCAGAAGGAAAAAUAAUUGAAGGACAAACGGUGCUGCUUUAUUUAUUGCAUAAAUGCUAUCAUAUAAUUUAUAGAAUUUUAAGCUCCAACGAGCCAGUCGCAGAGGCUCUAGUGCCUAUACAUAACCAGCUACAAACAGUUCGUCGAUUCUUAAAUGAAGCUAAGAAAUGGGGUGGACCAUUUACCGCAAGAGAUCUUUAUCCCUAUCAAAUGAAACUCGCGUCAAUCGAUAAUUUACGUGUUGACGGGAAAUUUUUGGAUGAAGAUGGUGGUGUGCCGGAGGGACAAGGCAUUGUAAUGGCAUUGCUGAAUGAAUGCUACGAUAUUUUGUUUGAAUUGAAAUCGGAUAUCGUGGAUGAAAUAUAA